UCAGGAUUGAGCCGGUUAUUUUUUGACACCACCCAUGUGUGGUCAGUUGUGCAAGCUGAGAUGUUUGAAUUGUCAACUUUAUAGUGGGUUUUUUAGUGAUUUGUAGAAAGAUUAGCACUUAUGGUCUAUCAUGAUGGCGUCUAAAGUGCUGUACUCGCUCAGAGAUCCCACCCCGAAGAAAAGAGAUGAUUUUGAGGACGUUCUUGAGGAGAGGAGGAACUCCAGUGAUCUGAGAUAUGCUCUGAAGUGCUACACACCUGCUGUGUAUAGAAACCUGGCGCCCUGUAAAGCCAGCAUGCUGAAAAACCUCGUCCUGCAGUCCGAGUCUCUGAGAUACGUCGUCGAGCGGGUGUCUGCGGAGACCGGCGAGACUCGCGAGGUCGUACAGGAGGAAGCGUCUCAGGUGCUGGAGGAAAUGGCUCACCGCUUGCAGCUCGGCUGUGUCCGCUUCUUCGCCUUCACACUCAGCAAAGCCUUCAAAGCGCUGUACCGUAGCGUCCGUGUCAACGAGGAGGGCAUCCAGAGACUUCAGCAGGCCAUUCAGGAGCAUCCGGUGGUUCUUCUGCCCAGUCACCGCAGCUACGUAGACUUCCUGAUGAUGUCCUACCUCCUGUUCACCUACGAUCUGGCUCUACCUGUCAUCGCUGCAGGAAUGGAUUUUAUCAGCAUGAGGUUUGUUGGAGAGAUGUUGCGAAUGUCAGGAGCGUUUUUUAUCCGCCGCUCGUUCGGAGGAGAUCAACUCUAUUGGGCUGUUUUCUCUGAAUAUGUGAAGACCAUUCUAAGGAACGGUUACGCUCCGAUCGAGUUCUUCCUCGAAGGCACCAGGAGCCGAACAGCGAAAUCACUCACACCAAAGACAGGUCUGCUGAAUAUAGUCAUGGAGCCGUUUUUUAAAGGAGAAGUCUUCGACGUGAACUUGGUUCCUGUGAGCAUAAGUUAUGAGAGAAUUCUCGAAGAGUCUCUAUAUGCACGUGAGCUGCUUGGAGUACCAAAACCCAAAGAGUCUACAUCUGGUCUGUUAAAGGCCAGGCGGAUCCUUAGUGAGGAUUUUGGUACGAUGCACGUCUACUUCGGCGCUCCGGUGUCCGUACGUAGCCUGGCACAGGGCCAAGUGAGCCGUUCCCGGUACAACUUGGUGCCCAGACACGUUCCUCAGAGGCCGACGGCAGACACUCAGGCGUUUGUGAAUGAUGUAGCGUUUCACCUGGUGCGGCUACAGGAGGAGAACAUGGUACUGAAGCCCUGGGCUCUGAUCUCCACCCUUCUCCUGCAGAACCCUGAUGGUGUGGAGCUGUCAGCUCUCAGCCAGCAGGCAGACUGGCUCCGGCACCUGGCUCUCAGCUUCGGGGCCUUUCUGGACUGGCCAGACGGUGAGCCGUGCAUUGAGGUGAUCAGCUCCAGUCUGAGCAUACACAGAAACUUGGCAUGCGUGUCUGGGGGGCAUGUGCGUCUGGUUGUUCCUGAGGUGUCGGGGGCGGGGCUGAGUGCCGAAGAGGCGGAGUUUAACCGAGCGGUCAGUGUGCUGUCCUGCGGGUCCUACAGGAAUCAGACGCUGCAUGUGUUCGUGAGGCCGGCUCUCCUGGCUGUGGCCAUGCACAACGCAAACUCCAGCCGGAGAGACGAGGUCUACAACUGCUUUAACUUUCUGUGGAACCUUUUCUCCAAUGAGUUCAUCCUCUGUCCUGGAGCCUCAGUGCAGGACUUCGAGGAGGCAUGUUACUUGCUGGUGAAGUGCGGCGCAGUUCAGGAGGUGCAGCAGGAGGUUGUGAUGUCAUCGAGCGGACAGGCGACGCUGUCCUUCCUGUGUUCGCUGAUGGAGCCGUUUUUGCAGGGCUACCAGGUGGUGUGUCAGUAUCUGUGUGAGGACGUGCAGGAAGAUCUACCCGAGAAGAACUUUGUUCCUGCCGUGAGGAACUUUGCUCUCCGUCUCAUCCUGGCAGGAAGCCUGAAGUGUUACGAAGCUUUAUCGUCCGACUUGCAGAAGAACGCCCUGGCGGCACUGAUACGGCUGAAAGCUGUCAGGAAGGUCAAAACCGGCGAUCAGGUGGUGCUGAAGAUCAACAAGAUGGCCGUGAACUCGUUGGAGGACUCGCUGGGGGGUAAAAUUCCCACCCAGAAGCCUGUCCUCGCUCGGCUGUAAGCGCGCACACACACACACACGUACACACACAUGUACACACACAUACACACACACUCCUCCCAACGUGUGCCUCUACUGCCUUCAUUUGCAUAAUGUUUUGCGUCACGGCUUCGCCAACUACAAGGACUGUUUGUCAUCGAGCUUUAAGGAGCCGUAACCAUCUCGGAUACGCUCUCUCUCUACACACACACACACACACACUCAGUGUUAAUAUCCUGCUGUGUGAUCAAUGCUCUACUUUUUAACCGCUCUGAACUUUGGUUAUCAGCUGUUACAAUUUUUGAUCUCACUAAAUUGUGCAAUUCUUUUUGGAUUGAUUUUUUUAAUAAUGUUUGUACACUUUAUUUAAGAUGGUUUGUUUUUUUUUUUUUUUUUUUUUUUUUUUUUUUUGCUUGAGCGGCAUCGGGUUCUUCCAUUUUGUUUCUUGAUACAGCGACGCUGCCAUAAAUCAAAACAAAAAGAAGUGAUCUGUAGUUUUCUAGAUGAGAAUAUGCAAACAAACUACAGUAAGAGAAAGUGUUUUGUUUUGUGUGGGUUUUUUUUUAAUAUAUAUUAUUUAUCUCCAAAAAUAGAUUUGUCUGUCAUUGAGUUUGGUCUGGUUUAAUGUGCUUUAUUAUACUGUAGAUUAUAUUUUAUGAAGGGGUUCUGAUUUUAUCAGAGGAUUCCUGAUAUCUGUUGGCCUGCGAUAUUUUAGUCUGUGAUAUCCAGUUCGAGGGGGGGCACGGUGGCUUAGUGGUUAGCACUUCACCUCACACCUCCAGGGUUGGGGGUUUGAUUCCCGCCUCCGCCUUGUGUGUGUGGAGUUUGCAUGUUCUCCCCGUGCCUCGGGGGUUUCCUCCGGGUACUCCGGUUUCCUUCCCCGGUCCAAAGACAUGCAUGGUAGGUUGAUUGGCAUCUCUGGAAAAUUGUCCGUAGUGUGUGUGUGAGUGAAUGAGAGUGUGUGUGUGUCCUGUGAUGGGUUGGCACUCCGUCCAGGGUGUAUCCUGCCUCGAUGCCUGAUGAUGCCUGAGAUAGGCACAGGCUCCCCGUGACCUGAGAAGUUCGGAUGAGCGGUAGAAAAUGAAUGAAUGAAUGAAUGAAUGAAUGAAUAUCUAGUUCGAGGUUGAUGUAGUUUGGGAUAUCUGGCUAAAGUUUGGAUUGGAUUUGAAAUCUAAAACUAAAGUUUGGAUUUUGUUUGGGAAUUUGGUAAAAAAAAAACAACAACGUGGAACAGCUUUGACAGACUCGGAUAUAGUUUGUGAUCUCUGUUUAAAGCAUGGAUUUAAUUUCCACAUGGUCUGGAAUAUUUAGCUAAAGUUAAGAUUUGAGAUCUGCGAUAAGACCAAAGUUAAAGUUUAGGGCUUUUCUUGGAAUUUUGGUUAAAAUAUCUGGUUUAAAUUUGGAUUUGGUGUGGGAUGACGUCGGGUUUGUAGUUUUUUUUUUUAUGUACUUUGGUCUGUCAUUUUUAUUUAGAACAGUUAUAUACUG